AUGAAUGGGCUUCCUUUAACCGUUAGAGUGCUGGGUUCUUAUCUAAAUGGCAAGCCUUUAAAUCUUUGGAAGGUGGCAUUGGAAAAUCUGAAAAGAACUCCACACCAAGAGAUUAUGAAAGUGCUAAGAACAAGUUAUGAUGGGCUAGAUUUUCGUCAUCAGCAAUUGUUUUUAGAUAUAGCAUGCUUCUACGAAGGGCAGGACAAAAAUUUAGUUGCAAGAAUAUUAGAAGGUCGUGAAUUCGAUGAUGCUAUCAUUAUACGAGAUCUUAUUGACCUCUGUCUGAUUUUUGAAUCAAAUUCGAAGCUUUGCAUGCAUAAUUUACUACAAGAAAUGGGCUGGGAAAUUGUGCGUCUUGAAAGUGUUAAAUUUCCUGGUGAACGGAGCAGAUUGUGGUUUCAUGAGGAAGUCAAUGAUGUGCUUACAACACAUGGGGGGUCUAGAAAUGUUGAAGGCAUGGUACUUGAUUUGUCUGCGUUAAACGAGCUACGCUUGGAGGCCAAUGCUUUUGAAAAUAUGUCCCUAUUAAAAGUGCUCAGAUUCUGUAAUGCGAAAAUGGAUGGAUGCUUGGAGUAUUCAUCCAAGGCAGAGUUAAUUGGUUCUUCUUAUGAUGGUUGGAAAUGGAGAGUGGAUCAGAUGCUAACAGCUGAUAAAGUGAUUCUGCUUGAACAACUAUGGGAGGGAAACCAGCCAUUGGAGAAUUUGAGGAUCGUCAAACUUAGCCACUCCAAAUAUCUAACUAGGACCCCAGAUUUUUCUGGAGCCCCAAAUAUCAGGAGGUUAAUUCUGGAAGGUUGUACAAGUUUGGUUGAGGUUCACCCAUCCAUUGGAGCUCUCAAGGAGCUUAUUUUCUUAAAUUUUGAAGGCUUUGAGAACCUCAAGUAUAUUUCAAGCAUCUCCAAUAUGAAAUCUCUUGAAAUCUUUAUUCUCUCUGGCUGCUCGAAGCUAAAGCAUUUUCCAGAGAUUCCAGAAAAAUGCGAGAGGUUGAGAUAUCUUUUUCUUGAUGAGACUGCUCUAAGCGAACUACCCUCAUCAAUUGGAAAUUUCAAUGGGCUUGUAUUGUUAAAUUUGACCAAUUGCAAAAAGCUUUUGUGUCUUCCACAGCGCAUUUGCGGACUGAUGUCUCUUAAAAUUCUUACUGUUGCUGGUUGUUCAAAAUUGAAGAAAUUGCCUGAUGAGUUGGGAUGCCUGCGAAGUUUAGAAGAACUAAAUGCAGAUGGAAGUGGUAUACAAGUGGCACCACCAUCCUGUGCACUUUUGACAAAACUUCAGGUAUUACCAUUGGCAGAAUGUUUGCAACUGCAUUCUUUGUUCAAUGUGGUGUUCUCCUUAUGGUCAUCACCAACAAGAUGUGUGGCCCUAAAUUUUUUGUCAAAUUUAUCCUGCCUGAAAACAUUGAUGUUAAGUGACUGUAACCUAUUGGAAGAUGGACUACCGGAAGAUCUUAGCUUGCUAUCUUCAUUGGAAAGAUUAGAUCUGAGCAAAAACGACUUCAGUACUGUACCUACUUGCUUACGUGGACUUUCUCAGCUCAAGCGUCUCUUCCUUAUGCACUGCAGUAAGCUGCAAUCAGUGGGGGAGGGGGAGCUUCCAUUAAGUAUUGAAGGAGUAUGGGCGGAUCAUUGCUCUUCCUUGGAAACCUUUUCAUUUCCAUUAAGUGCAUUUGAAUUCAACAAUAUGGGCCAUUUCAUUUUCACAUUUUCUGGUUGCUUCAAACUAGUGAAAAAUGAGCGUAGUGAUGCUGUGGUGGGAGAUAUCGUACAAGCGAUCAAGGCUGCUGCAUUGGUACGGAAAUUCAUGGAUGGACAUGAUUACAGUCGUCCACGUAAUUCCUUUCAAGCUAUUGUUCCUGGGAAUAGCAUUCCAGAGUGGUUUGUCUGUCAGAGCGUGGGGUCUUCAGUAACAGGACAGCUGCCCAUGCAUGAUUGGCACAAUAUGGCGUUGAUGGGACUGGCUGCUUGUGUUGUUUUUAAUGUCGAUGCCAGCUUAGACUUGUGUUAUUUACAAAUUUCUGUAUGUUUUGGAACGUACCGGUUUUCUGAUAACGUGUUUUCCACACUGGUUCAAAUGGAAGGUGGCCUUGUGUGGUUUGUGUAUCAAUCACUUGCUCGACUGAAGGAAAGUGGCUGGCCCUACUCAGAUUUCUCUCUUCCUGUGACGGUCUCAUUUUCUCUCGGUCACUGCAGUUCGUCUUUGGUGGGUGUGGUGAAAAAGUGUGGGUUUCGUCUCGUACAUGUGGAAGGGGGUAGAAUUUUGUGA